AAUAGCUUUUGUCGUGAAUUUCUUUCAUUCAUCAGUCAUCUGCUGAGAGAGGCGAGUGAGAGUGUGUGAGUGAAGUGUGACCGUCAAGAACGUCGUUCAUUCUACAUUUUCUGCUAAAAAUCUCUAACUUUGAGGAAAAUGUCUGAUGAGGAAGCUCCUGUAGUGAGUGGCGAGAAAAAGCGUGGACGUCCUGCAGGUGACAAGGAAAAGGCUGUCGAGGCGAAGAAGAGACCCAGAACGUCGUCUUCGGAGGCGUCUGAGGGAAAGAAAGUGGUCGAGAAUGGAAAUCUUCCGGCCAAGCGUGGUCGUGGGCGGCCUAAAGCUCCCGUAAAAGCUGUAGCGACAAAGGGUCGUGCUGAGAAGAAGACUUCUCGAGGAAGAGGGCGUCCGAAAGCCGCUGGCAAAAAAACUAAGAGUAGCUCAUCUGAGUCGGAUGAGGAAGAAGAUGACGAUGAUGAGGAAGAUGAAAAUGAUGCUGAAGAUUCUGAUGAGUAGAUUCUCCUUUUUGAUUGCUCUCAGUCCUCCUAAGUGACACCCCCUGUUGUGAUUUUUGGAAUGUGAUUUUGUGAUUUAUUUCUUUAAGUUCCUGAAGAGAAAAAAAUGAGUGAGACUUUGGCCAAAAAUUGUGAAAAUUGUGACUAUUUUUUCAAAAAAAAAAUUAAAAUGAAAUUGUUUCAUGAGAGUCGAAUAAAAGCCAGAAAUUUA